CACACGUACGAACAUCUUUUUAUUAUAGUUUUGGGUAUAAAAGUCAGUGCGGUCAGACUUAACCAUAUUCUAGCAGAUGGCAAGAAUGGAGAACAAAUAUUGCGUCGGAUUUGUUCUGCUUCUGUGCCUUAUGUGGCAAGUGCAAGCCGAGGUAAACUGCACAAGGACAGGCGCCGGCCGAUUUACUGACGGUACGGAUGCUACUUGCAAGAACUACACUCUUUGCAUCUUCAACUCGGUCACAAAUACCUAUAUAUCUUAUAACUACACGUGUCCUACUUCAUCGUUAUUCAAUCCUGCUACAGCCCAAUGUUCAAAUGAUUACAUAUGUAAUGCGACUAACAAUACAACUAGCAGCUCAGUGUGUACAGAAGAAGGGUUCGUAGCAGAUCCAACAUCUACUAAUUGCACUGGUUAUAUGCUAUGUGUGAAUGUUGACGGGGUUCUCCAAGAGAUACCGGACACUUGUCCAGAUUCCUCUUUCUACGAUCCGGAAACAACUUUGUGCGUAAAUGAUUAUAAUUGUACCAUACCGGAUUUCACUUGUACCGCUGAAGGGAGAUUCGCGAACACGACCGACACGACUUGCAAGACUUACUAUAUGUGUGUACUUUUAAGUACGAACAAUACUUAUGUAGAAUAUCGAUACACGUGCCCGUCUACUUCAGUUUUCAACCCUACGGCUAAAAUUUGUACAACAAGUUACAAUUGUCCGACCGCCUGAGUUUUUCCUGUUUACUCAGCAUUUGUUUAUCUACGGAUUUAUUACGAGAUAAUAUUAUGAUGUUUUACUACCAUGGUUUCAAUUACUUUGUUAUAAUUAUUAUUAAUACAAAGAUCCAACAUAAAGAAAA